AUGGCCCCUUCGGACCCCCUCGACGUCCUGGGCGCAGACCUGUGCAGGUCGAUCGUCGAUCGACUCGCGAACGAAGACGCGGUGAAGACGCUGGUCCUGUCCAAGGGUUGGAGCGAGGUGGUCGGGCGCAGCAUCCGGCAAGUCGCCCCGGAUCAUGCCCUCGAAUCGAUAGAGUCCCUUCGGUCGCUCGCCCGCUUCGUCACCGAUUCACGGGAAGGCGUGACGCAGCUCAAGAUAGACGCCAACAAGCUGGAGACUCCCGGCGUGAUCGACGUGCUCCGGACGAUGGCGCCCAGCUUGCACGGACUCAGGCGCAUGAGGCUGCAUCUCGGAAUCUGCUCCCAAUCCGCCCUCCUCGACGUCUCCCGCAUCCUCGCCCGGUCGGGGAGGCUGGAGGCGCUCGUCAUAAACUGCACGUCGUUUCGGAGCGAGUCGCCGAAACGAAAUCCCAUUCCUGCGGAGGAGCUCGCCGAGACCAAGAGGCUGGUCCUCGAGCUGCCUCUGGAAGGGCCCGUCUGCGUCAUCGACUGCCUGGAGGCAUUCCCCGCAGUGGAGCGCUGCACGGUCUACGUGUCCAGCGUCGCCCACGCAAGGAUCCGUUCGACUCGGCUCAAGCGUCUGUGCGUCGUCAGCAACUACCCGGUGAAAGGGCCCCCUCCCGAGAGCAUCACUUUCGUGAACGCGCCCCAGAUCGAGAGCCUCAACGUCAUGGUCGGAGGUGGCCUCGUCUACUUCGAGAGGGAAUCCUCCAUCGAGCACAUGCGGCUCUGGUCCGGCGUCAAGGUGUGCGGAAAGCAGACGACGGUGAAGACGCUGACGAUCGAGGAAGGCACGUGCCUCGACGGCAUGGAUCUGAAACGUAUGCACAUCAGAGACGCCACCAUCAUGGCAGCCGCGGCGGUCCCCGAGUGGGACUCGAUCUUGUUCCAGCUGGCAGGGCCGGAGACGCGGUUGAACCUCUCCCACAUAUUCUUCACGAGCAAGAAGUGCUUCUUCGACUCUAGCAGGGUGAUACGGGACGAGGGCUUUUGCUUCGAGCACGUGACGGCGCACGUUCGCGGGAUUCCAGAGUCGGACGUCUUGGGAGCGCUGACUGCCAUAGGGAUAAGGCUGAGCAUAAAGACGAGCGAGUUCGGUAGGAAGGCCGUAGUGAGGAGCUCCGCAGACGUCACCCAGAGGGAGACGGCAUGCACCCCGUUCCUCGAGGUGACGGACGUCCACAGGACAGACUCACGAUGUCACGCGACAUUCAGGAUCGGUGCUGACUCCCCGUUUCACGAUUAUCUCGCGUCCAUCAACGACCAGCUCAUGGCCUUCUUGUGUCCCAUCGAGAAUCUACGCAUGCCGUACGACGCGAACAUCCGAAUCCUGAGAGUGAAGAUGCCCGUGCGCGGAGGCCGAUUGGCGGUGCGAGCGUACGACGCAUCGUCGUUGGACGAGAUACCCGCAUCCGCCUUGGCCGUCGGUCGAUGGGCGGCCGUCGAGAUGACGCUGAAUGACGUGUGGCUCGACGCCGUUGUGGUGUCGCCGACGUGGGUGGCGGAAAGACUCGUCGUCCGUUCGAACUGA